UUUAAGUCUCCUUGUGAUAGAGAGGAGGGACAAAGGGCGCAGGAGAUAAAUAUUCUAGUGUGUUCUCCUCUCCAUCACUUUGUGUCUGUUUCCGAAGCAUCAACACAAAGGGGGAACUGAAAUAGCCAAGAUGCCUGAGAAAGCACCAGAGAGAAAAUCCAAAAUCUCAGCCUCUCGCAAGCUCAUGCUUAAGAGCUUGAUGGUCGCCAAGGCCAAAGAGGAGCUGGAGCAGGAGAUGGUGGAGAAAGAAGAACAGAAGGAAAAGUACCUGGAGGAAAAAGCUCCGCCGAUACAGACCCACAGCAUGACGUUACAAGAACUUAAGACUUUAUGUGAAGAGCUGCAUGCCAAAAUUGAUGUGGUGGACGAGGAGCGGUAUGACAUUGAAGCCAAAGUCUUGCACAAUACCAGAGAGAUCAAAGACCUGAACAUCAAGGUGCUGGAUCUGCGUGGGAAGUUUAAGAGACCUAACCUGAGGAGGGUGAGAGUGUCCGCUGACGCCAUCUUGCGCUCCCUGCUGGGUUCAAAACACAAGGUUUCUUUGGAUCUGCGAGCUAAUCUCAAAUCAGUCAAGAAGGAGGACACGGAGAAGGAGAAGACGGUGGAAGUGAGUGACUGGAGGAAAAAUGUGGAAGCCAUGUCGGGCAUGGAGGGCCGCAAGAAGAUGUUUGACGCAGCAAAGGGCCCAAACCAGUAAAACAGAGUUAAUAAAGCAAAAUUCUGGUCUUCACCGAAAAUCGUAUACCAUCACUUGGAACGAGAAAGAAUCAAACACAGAACUAAAGAAUUAAACCUCAACCUUUCACUGGCUCACACAGAACAUGUCUUAGAUUAUUCAGUCAUUAUCCUUUCCCAAAUAUUCUGUUUGCUUUCUAUCAUUUUCACUGAAAUAAACACAACGUAUGCAAUA